AUGAAUGCUGCGGCUGCUAUGCAACCUAUUACGCAAAGUAGCAUACAAAUGAAUGAACGUAAAUUUUUUCAUUAUGCACCAAAUUAUGAUAAGUUUUAUCUUAUAACCUGUCACCUUAUUUUACAAGGUUCUGACUCCUUUGAUGAUUACAAUUAUGAUCAUGGAUUCUUUUAUAAUAUUAUUAAUCCUACAGCAAAUUAUUAUGUCACAUGCAAAAUAUUUUCACAUUCUUUGAUCGUUAAUAUAUUGAACAAAAAAAUACAUGGAUUAGAUAUUGACACAAAUAAUGCGGAACGAAAAGAAUUAUUAACUUUAAACCAAAAAUUGGAUUUGGAACAAGACUUGAAACAAAUUCUUCCUUUUCAUCUUACACAAAAUCAUAUUCCUAAUAGAGAUAUGACCGAUCGAAACUUAAAUUCUUCUUACGGAUAUAAUACACAAACAAUUUCAAUAACUGAUAGUCAAACUAGUUUUGAUAAUAAUUUUUCUCAACAAACUGGAGUCGGAUAUUAUACUAAUGAUGUCACUAAUUCACGGCAACAAGUUAAUUUCAAUAAUAUACCACAACACAUUCCCAAAAUAUCAGGCUGUAGUGGAAAUACAAAUUCAUUUGGUGGAAAUAUUGGGAAUAAUGUAAUGACAAUGCAAGCGAAUUUGAUUACUGAUAGUCAAAACAAUGGUUUUGCUUUUUCAAGUUCAACAUCUGCAGCGCCACAAAAUAGUGCUUAUCAUAUCACUAAUUCACCACAACCAAAUGAUUUCAAUAAUAUUAUUAUUCCACAACAGAUUACUGAUAGAGAAAUGAGAUUGAAUCCUUAUAGAAAUACAAGUUCAUUUCAUGGAAAUAUCGUAAAUAAUACAUUCACGAUGCAAUCUGCUUCGACAACAGAUAUUAAUCGUCAAGAUGUAAAUAGAACUAGAGACUCUACUUACAUACAGAAACAAGUUGACAUCAAUGAUAAUUAUGGGGACACAGAUUCACAUAAUAGAAAUAUUGGGAAUAAUGUAAUGACAACGCAAGCUAAUGGCUUAACAUACGAUCACCCAGAUAUAAAUGAUAUUCAUCACCAAGUUACUCAACAACAACAACAAGUUGAUGCCAAUAAUAAUUAUAGGGACACAGAUUCACAUAAUAGAAAUACUGGAAAUAAUGUAACGACAACGCAAGCUAAUGGCUUGACAUACGAUCACCCAGAUCUAAAUGAUAUUCAUCCCCAAGUUACUCAACCACAACAAGUUGACAUCAACAAUAAUUAUGGGAAUACUGGAAACAAUGUAGCGACAACGCAAGCUAAUGAUAUGAUAUGCGAUCACCAGUAUAUAAAUGAUAUUAACCAAGUUACUCAACAAUAG